AUGGAUUCGGUGCCUUCCAAUUCCCAUGGAAAUCUCGAUGAGCAGAUUGCUCAGCUCAUGCAGUGCAAACCCCUGUCCGAACAAGAGGUUAGGGUUUUGUGUGAUAAGGCGAAGGAGAUUUUGAUGGAAGAGAGCAAUGUCCAGCCUGUAAAAAGUCCUGUUACAAUCUGUGGUGAUAUUCACGGGCAAUUCCAUGAUCUUGCAGAGCUUUUCCGCAUCGGAGGGAAGUGUCCAGAUACAAAUUACUUGUUUAUGGGAGAUUAUGUUGAUCGUGGCUAUUAUUCUGUCGAAACCGUAACGCUUUUGGUCUCCCUUAAAGUGCGUUAUCGCCAGCGUAUCACUAUUUUGAGGGGAAAUCAUGAAAGUCGUCAGAUUACUCAAGUUUAUGGAUUUUAUGACGAGUGCCUACGGAAGUAUGGUAGUGCUAAUGUUUGGAAGAUGUUCACUGAUUUGUUUGACUACUUCCCGUUGACAGCAUUGGUUGAAUCUGAAAUAUUCUGUCUUCAUGGUGGGCUGUCUCCGUCAAUUGAAACCCUUGACAACAUUCGUAAUUUUGACCGUGUGCAAGAAGUUCCCCAUGAGGGACCCAUGUGUGAUCUUUUAUGGUCUGAUCCGGAUGAUCGCUGUGGUUGGGGUAUCUCUCCUAGAGGUGCUGGAUACACUUUUGGACAGGACAUAUCUGAACAGUUUAACCAUACCAAUAAUUUGAAGCUGAUUGCUAGAGCUCACCAGCUGGUUAUGGAAGGAUAUAACUGGGGUCAUGAUCAAAAGGUGGUUACCAUAUUCAGUGCACCUAAUUAUUGUUAUCGCUGUGGUAACAUGGCAUCCAUCCUCGAAGUUGAUGAUUGCAAAGGACACACAUUCAUUCAGUUUGAGCCAGCUCCAAGGAGGGGAGAGCCAGAUGUAACUAGGAGAACCCCUGACUACUUCCUAUGA